UCCGUGCGCGCCCCCGACACAAGGCGAAUGCGGUAGCCUACGAAAAAACAAGCGAGCGGCGCCUGAGACACAGGAGGGGCGCAGUUUACCUCCAGCUAGCAACAUCUCAAUUUUGAACGCACUUUUCACGCCCUGCUGGCUUUUUGUUACUGCCGGAGAGUGCUGUGGAUAUUCGCGGACAGAGACAAUAGGAUGCAGUGGAGACUCGGCUGUUGACUGGUGUGCAGGCUCUCCACUUCUGUCGUCCUUAGGGGGCCCGAUUCCUGUGGUCCCCACUUUAUCUGAGGUUGUGUCGGGACUACACUAACUGAUGCCAUAGGAGUACAGGGAUCACCCUUGCUCGCGUUGCUCGGAUCUGCACAGCUCAUCUCCUGACUGAGGAGGCCACGGCAGCUGCACCAUCUACUACGAAGUGUUCCCUCCUUGCCCCGCCCACACCGUCCUAUCACCAUGGUGCUUUCACAACGGCAACGAGAUGAACUAAAUCGAGCCAUAGCUGAUUAUCUGCGUUCCAAUGGAUAUGAAGGCGCGUAUUCUACUUUCAAGAAGGAGGCAGAAUUAGACAUGAAUGAAGAAUUGGACAAGAAGUAUGCCGGCCUUUUGGAAAAAAAAUGGACUUCAGUUAUCAGAUUACAAAAGAAGGUUAUGGAACUUGAAUCUAAACUGAACGAAGCAAAGGAGGAAAUCACUCUGGGUGGACCAGUUAGUCAAAAGCGAGACCCCAAAGAGUGGGUCCCACGCCCUCCAGAAAGGUAUGCGCUGAGUGGUCAUCGAAGUCCCGUUACCAGAGUCAUCUUCCACCCAGUCUUCAGUGUGAUGGUGUCCGCUUCAGAGGAUGCUACAAUAAAGGUGUGGGACUAUGAGACCGGAGACUUUGAACGCACACUAAAGGGCCACACAGAUUCUGUGCAGGACAUCUCUUUUGACCAGACUGGAAAACUGCUUGCAUCCUGUUCUGCAGACAUGACUAUCAAGCUGUGGGAUUUUCAAGGCUUUGAGUGCAUCAGGACUAUGCAUGGACAUGACCACAACGUAUCAUCUGUAGCCAUUAUGCCCAAUGGAGAUCACAUAAUUUCUGCCUCAAGGGACAAAACCAUGAAGAUGUGGGAGGUGGCAACUGGUUACUGUGUGAAGACUUUCACUGGCCACAGGGAGUGGGUCCGCAUGGUGCGACCCAACCAGGAUGGCACUUUGGUUGCCAGCUGCUCCAAUGAUCAGACGGUGCGCGUGUGGGUUGUGGCCAACAAAGAGUGCAAAGCUGAACUGCGGGAGCAUGAACAUGUGGUGGAGUGCAUCUCCUGGGCGCCAGAGAGCGCUUACCCCACCAUACAAGAUGCCACAGGUUCUGAGAGCAAGAAGAGUGGUAAGCCAGGCCCUUUCCUCCUGUCUGGCUCAAGAGACAAAACCAUCAAGUUGUGGGAUGUUAGCAUAGGCAUGUGCCUUAUGACACUGGUCGGCCAUGACAACUGGGUGCGUGGCCUCCUUUUCCACCCGGGAGGCAAGUUUAUUGUGACCUGUGCAGAUGACAAAACCUUAAGGAUCUGGGACUACAAGAACAAGCGCUGCAUGAAAACCCUGAGUGCCCAUGAACACUUUGUUACCUCUUUGGAUUUCCACAAAGCUGCUCCUUAUGUUGUCACUGGGAGUGUAGAUCAGACAGUAAAAGUGUGGGAGUGCCGCUGAAUAGGACCUCCUAAGAUUGGACCAGCACCCGACGACCCAGAUGGUCUUCUGGAUCCUGUCUCCCACCCCCUCCCUCACCUUGUCAUUCCACCUCCCCCGUCACCUAAGCUAAACGUCACCCGCACAUCUUCAUCUCCUUCGGCUGCACCUGCCACCAUGGUUACUUACCCAUUGCGCUCUCUGGUCUUUAUAACCUCUGCCCCUCUGUGUAAAUUAUUCCUGGAUGUAGAUCAAGCUAUUAAAUGUUACACAAAAAAAGUAUUCUUGCAUGGUAAUCAAAACUUGUAUACUGUAAAUUUGCAUAAUGUCUAGAAGUACCAUAGGUUUAACACAGGGCUGGCCGUCUGUCACGCAGCCUUACUGACCAACCGAAGGCAGAUGUUUUUUGAUGUAGGGCACUAAAAAAAAUAAUUUAAGAAAUGAGUGUCUUUACGUGUAAGAUUAUUUUUGUCCGUUUUUUUUUUUUUUUUUUUUUUUAUAUAUAAGAACUAUUUCUUUCUCUAUCUCCUUUGCUGUCUUAGUCUGAUCGUGCCUAGCUUGGUACAAAACCUUUGAGCGAUCAGGCAAAAAAAGCAUAUACGUUAAGACCGUGUCGGCCUUUAUCAAAAUAAUCUGUAGCUUUAUACCAUCACUUCUCAAGUGUGCAUACCAUUUCUCUUCACGUGGAGCUUGCUCAUAUUUUAAUGGUUGUAUAUACCAAUGUUUCAAACUGUUGUCCUUGGACCUCGGGGGGAUAAACCGCAGCUUUGUACUCCUGUCAUGGUGGCACUUGAACAAAAUAUUCAGCUAGUGGUGAAAUGUCCCAUUGCAAUUUGUGAAUAGCAGCGCUGAGCUAUUGGCUGAAGUUUGGUGGAGGCUGUUGGUGUGCGCGCCUGAGUGGAGAUCAGGGAUUACACAAUUUCUAAUCUUGAGCACUUGAUAAAGACGCUGGCUGUGUCUCCUUUGGGAGAUCGUUUCCUCUGACCUUCCCUUUGUCCUCAACUCCCACCCAUUUAGCCCUGCUAGGGUAUUUGUGUAAUAUAGGAAGGAUGUAUAGACUAAAGAUACUUAGUUGUCGCUCGGCGCCUUUAAUGACUACAAACAUGAACCUUCUUAUACAAAAUGUGGAAAAGAAAAAGCAUGACGAGUCAACGUGCGCCCCUGGGUUUGAUGCCUGGGAUGUGCAAAGGUAUAUUAAUUUCUGAGAGGUGAAAAAUAAGUUCAGCUCUAAAAAUAGUUGAUCGGUUUUCUGUGAAAAUAUGAACUGUAAAUUUAGCUAGUUAAGCCAUUUGGCAGUUUUGUAAUGUUGCAGUAAAAUAUGAGCUGGAGAGAAGUGGGGGUAGUUUUGGACUAGUGAGAAAAUGGUAGCAGCAGACAUGCUAAGUGUUCUGCUUCAUACAGUAUGUGCUCUGUAAUAUGAACAUCUCUACUGACAAACUCCAUGGACAACUUGACGUGUUUUUGAGUGGCAUUCUCACGUUUAACUUGAAAUGGGAAGAACUUCAGAUAGAAUGGGAUUUGAAAAAAAUAUCUAAAACCAACCAUUCCUUUGCCAUUGUAGGAAAUGAUAUGAAACAUCUUAUCGCCAGAAAGGUGGUGGUUCAUUUAUCUUGCACACCCCCCCCCCGUUUCCAUGAAAUCUUUGUUCCUUUAAGAUGAUCAAAGACAAAUUACUGAUGUUGAUAAUUGCAUUAAAAACCUAUAAUUUUCCAAUGCAGUUAUUGGCUAAUAAAGAAUUCCAUUGCUUCAAUAAA